AGCGCGAGACGUGGAGCGCGCGCCUGUCCCCACCCCCAUCCCGGUAACUGUGAACUGUCGCCUUCAGCCGCCGCCCCCACGGGCGAGAGGAGCCGGACCCCGACCCCGACCCCGACCCCGCCGGGCAGCGUCGAGCCGAGACGCUGGUCGCUGUCCCAAGCUGAGUCCCGUCGCUUAAGCAAGAACCACCCACCAUGUCUUCCUCAAAAGAGGAUACAAUGUCUGCUGAACAAACAGAUGAGAGAGAACCUGAAACUGAAAACAAAGUUGAGGAAAGUGAUGAGGAGGAGGAGGAAGAAGAAGAAAAAGAAAAGAGUCUCAUUGUUGAAGGGAAGAGAGAGAAGAAAAAAGUAGAGAGAUUGACCAUGCAGGUAUCCUCGUUACAAAGGGAACCUUUUACAAUUGCACCAGGAAAGGGACAAAAGCUUUGCGAAAUUGAAAGGAUACAGUUUUUUUUGAGUAAGAAGAAAACAGAUGAACUCAGAAAUCUACACAAACUUCUUUACAACAGGCCAGGCACAGUUGCCUCACUAAAGAAGAACGUGGGUCAGUUCAGCGGGUUUCCAUUUGAAAAAGGAAGUGAUCAAUAUAAAAAAAAGGAAGAAAUGUUAAAAAAAUUCAGGAAUGCCAUGUUGAAAAGUAUCUGUGAGGUCCUUGAUUUGGAAAGAUCGGGAGUUAAUAAUGAGCUGGUUACCAGAAUCUUAAACUUCUUAAUGCAUCCAAAACCUUCAGGCAAGCCAUUGCCAAAGUCCAAAAAAACACCCAGCAAAGGCGGCAAAAAAGAACGCAGUAGCUCAGGAACUGCACGAAAAGUAAAACACACCAAAUGUCCUGAGAUUUUGUCGGAUGAAUCUAGUAGUGAGGAGGAGGAUGAAAAGAAAGAGAAGGCUGAAUCUUCUGAAGAAGAUAAAGAGAGUGAAGAGGAGCAACCUAAGAAAGCAUCUAAAAAAGAAAAACCUAAACAGAAGAUGCCUUCUAAAAACAAGAAAGCUGUGAAAAGUGCUAAUGUCAAGAAAGCAGAUAGCAGCACUACAAAAAAGAAUCAGAACAGUUCAAAAAAAGAUUUAGAAAGUGAGUCUGAGGAUAGUUCAGAUGAUGAACCUUUAAUUAAAAAGUUGAAGAAACCACCUACAGAUGAAGAUCUUAAGGAAACUGUCAAGAAGUUAUUGGCCAAUGCAAAUUUGGAGGAAGUCACAAUGAAACAGAUUUGCAAAGAGGUAUAUGAAAGUUAUCCCAGUUAUGACUUGUCUGAAAGGAAAGAUUUCAUCAAAAAGACAGUUAAAGAGUUGAUUUCAUGAUCUAAUUUGACUGGAGGAAAUUAAAACUGCUGACUUAUGUUCCCAUGGAUUUGAAGAUGAUAGACACCAGCAAAAAGAAUGUUUGUGAUAUAUUAUGUUUCGUCAGCGCUGAUUCUGCGGACCGAGUAUCAGUGUAAAUUGCUUUGUGUACCUUUUUAAUAAUUGCAUUUGAUGCAGGUUUUAGUUAACUUGCUUUUUUUUUUUUGCAUGGCAAUAAAUGUUCCCUUUUUAUAGUUUUGUACAUUUUGAAUUGCUUUGUAGUAGUAGAUUCAUUAAGAUAUCAUAGCUUUUAAUGUGCUUUAAUACCUUGCAUAAUUUUUUUUAAGAAUCAAGUAGGAUAAAAGUUGUUUGCAUACAUACAUGCAGAAAUUGUCUAGAAUAUUGCAGUAUUGAGUUAUAGAAAUAUCUGAAUACAUAUUCUGAAAAUCAGUCAUGCUAGUGUUUAUAUUCUGAUUUACAUGCUAUAAAUUCAGAAUGCUCAAUCUACAUUACUGUCUUGCAUGUGUAUGCACUGAGAACCAUCAAAGCAUGGUAACUAAUUGGCAGAUAUUAUUUUUGUACUUUUAAAGACUGUAUAUAAAGUUAUUGCAGAUUUCUGUUGUGCAAAUCAGUUUUUUAAAUCUCUGGUUAUCUUAGGACUUAAGACAUGUCAGUGUUCAGCAGUGAUGCUGGGAUGAAAAGUGGGAAGCUCUAUACAAGAGUUGAAGUUUUACUGUUUGUCCAACCUUGCCUUGUAAAGAAGAUUCGCCUGUAAUUUUAUACUUAAGCUUUUCAGUGUUUAACUUUAUAUAAAAGGCUACAGAUGUAUUUGUUCCAAUGGCUUGACCUAAUACAUUAAUAAAGUUCAAAGUGAAGGCUAUAGGGGGAAAAGUAAUUGACUUGAUAAUGCUUAUUUGGGUGUUAGACUCUACAGCCAAAACUUUCAGAAGUGGGUGCCUAAAGUGAACACCUGGCAGGCUUAACAACUGAAAAUCAUGCCCCAAAUCUAGGAGCCCAAGCAGGAUAGUACUUAAUCAUUUACUUAAGUGCUAUUCUGAAUAGGAAUAGUUUUCUAAAUUCAAGCAUAAAUAUGGUUUAUGGUACUCUAGAAUCACAUCUCAAACUUUGGCCAACUGCUUUUGGUUCAAAGUGGAAAUUUUCAUGUAAGUUGUUUUUGCCCACCAUAUUAUACCUUUGUGCUAUUAUAGAAAGUCACAUUUAUAAUUUAUGUAAAAUGCUAACACAGGCCAAACAAAGUGUUGCUAUCAGUGCUAUGAAAAACAAAUCCUCUGACUCCAGUAUUCAAGAGCAAAAUGUUUUUAAAAUUUUAGUAUUGUGUUUGCAAAAUUAGGAGUCAGAUCAUUUAAAUUCUGAAAAUGUUCAGCCAGUCAGGAUGUUAAUUAACAUUUACCUUUUUAUGAUUUCUUUGCAUGUAAUCCUUUUUUUAAAAAGGCUGAAUGUUUCAGUUUUGUACUCAAUAAAUGUCUUUCAGAAAAACUUA